CAAGAUUUCAUAAUCAAGCUUCAAUGCUCAGCACUAGUUGUGUACUAGUUUGCUAAGGCUAAUGUAAAAAAAAAAAAAAAAAAAAAAAGGACUACAACUUGAGUGGCCUAACCAACAGAAAUGUAUUAACUCACAGUUCUGGAAGCUUGAAAUCCAAUAUUAGGGUGUGAGCAGGGUUAGUGCCUUUUGAGGGGUGGGAAGGAAAGAGCUGUUCUAGGCCUCGUCUCCUUGGCUUAUAGAUGACCAUCUAUAGACGACAGAUAUGGGAGCACAUCUGUCCAUUCCUUCUGUACGGCACUCGACGUUGGGGUUUCCUUUCACUGGUUGCCGCUUAAACCUGGUCAGUCCUUCUACCCAGAAUGGUGGCUUCCAUCAUGGUGGCAUGUGUAUAUAUUUUGGCAUGGUAGAAAGAAAUGGAAACUGCUUUCAUCAUUAUUGCUGUUAUUUGGAAGUGAUCCAGAUUGCUUUUGCCACCAACCUGAAGACAUAUGGCCCCAUAAGGACUGAAACCAUUCUGUUCAUUUCUGUGUUUUGGACCUUCCAUGUACACAGGAUUGAAAAGUCUUCCUCAUUAUGAAGAAGAUAGCCUGCCCAUCUUAAACACAACAAAACUUCACAUUGUUUUACCAAUGAACACAAAUUUCUGGGUUCUUUUGCGUGAUGGGAUCAGGACCUCAAAAGUACUAGAAAUGACAAAUAUAGAUGGCAAAAGCCAACUUGCAAGUUAUGAAACUCAACAAAAUCUUACUUUAGAGGAUUCCAAGACCUCUAUUCUAUUACUUAAUAAAGUUGAUUUACUCUGGGAUGACCUUCUCCUACUCUUCCAGUUUAUUUGGCACACAUCAAUAGAAUGCUUCCAAAUCCAACAUCUGACUUUUGGAGGCAAGGUUUAUCUUGACCACAAUUCAUUUGAUUACUCAAAGACUGUAAUGAGAACUAUGAAAUUGGAGCACGUACAAUUCGGAGUUUUUUCUGUUCCACCGGAGAGGGUCUACUUGAUUUUUACCAAAAUGGAUAUAGAAAACCUGACUAUAUCAGAUGCACAAAUGCCUCACGUGCUGUUUCCUGUUUAUCCUACAAGAUUCCAGUAUUUAAAUUUUGCUAAUAAUAUCUUAACAGAUGACCUGUUUAAGCAACCUAUCCAGUUGCCUCAUUUGAAAACUCUCAUUCUGAAGGGCAAUAAAUUGGAGAUGCUUGCUUUAGUGGGUUUCUUUGCCAGCAACACAUCCUUGAAGCACUUAGAUCUGAGCCAGAAUCUGUUACAACAUGAAAAUUGCUUUUGGCCAGAAACCUUGAUCACUAUGAACCUGUCUUCCAACGGAUUUGCUGAUUCUGUUUUCAGGUGCUUGCCCAGAAGUAUUCAAAUACUUGACCUGAAUAAUAACAAAAUUCAAACUGUCCCUAAAGACGUUAUUCAUCUGAAGUCUUUGCAAGAGCUGAAUCUUGCAUUUAAUUUUCUCACUGAUCUUCCUGGGUGUAGUCAUUUCAGAAAACUCUCAAUUCUGAACAUUGAAAUGAACUUAAUUCUGAGCCCAUCUCUGGAUUUUUUUCAGAGUUGUCAGGAAGUUAAGACUCUGAAUGCAAGAAGAAAUCCAUUCUGGUGUACUUGUAAAUUAAGAGAUUUCAUCCAGCUUGAAAAGUAUUCAGAGGGCAUGAUGAUUGGAUGGUCAGAUUCGUACAUCUGUGAAUACCCUUUGAAUCUAAAGGGGACUCAGUUAAAGGAUGUUCAUCUUCCUGAAUUAUCUUGCAACACAGCUCUGUUGAUUGCCACCAUUGUGGUUAUCAUGCUAGUUCUGGGGAUGGCUGUGGUCUUCUGCUGCUUCUACUUUGAUCUGCCCUGGUAUCUCAGGAUGCUGGGUCAGUGGACACAGACACUGCAGAGGAUUAGAAAGACGAGUCAAGAAUAACUCAAGAGAAAUGUCCAGUUCCAUGUGUUUAUUUCGUACAGUGAACAUGAUUCUAUGUGGGUGAAGCAUGAAUUAAUCCCCAAUCUAGAGAAAGAAGAGAAAUUGAUUUGCCUCCAUGAGGGACACUUUGACCCUGGCAAGAGUAUUACUGAAAAUAUCAAGAACUGCCUUGAGAAAAGCUGUAAGCCCAUCUUUGUUUUGUCUCCCAAAUUUGUCCAGAGUGAGUGGUGCCAUUAUGAACUCUACUUUGCCCACCACAGGCUCUUCCAUGAAAACUCCGAUUAUGUCAUGUUUAUCUUACUGGAACCCAUUCCACUCUACUGCAUUCCUACCAGGUAUCCUAAGCUGAAAGCACUUCUGGGAAAGAAAGCAUACUUGGAAUGGCCCAAGAAUAGGCGUAAAUGUGGACUUUUUUGGGCAAAUCUUCGAGCUGCUAUUAAUGUUAAUUUAUUAGAAACCAGAGAGAUGUGUGAACUACAGACAUUCGUGGAGCUAAAUGAAAUUCGAGGUUCUGCAAUCUCUCUGAUAAGAACAGACUGCCUCUCUUCCCCUGAAAAAAGUGCAGGGGAAAUUGGGGCCUGCAUACAUUGUCAGGAUAGAAGUUGA